AUGGCUCCGAAAUCAGUCGCUGUUAUUACAAUGAGUACCCGGGGUACCCGGGCUGGACCCAAUGUAGCUAGCUUCGUCCGGAAUAUUAUCGAGAAGCCUCUGGCAGCAGACAGUAUAUCCGUUACUGAUGUGGACGUCGUCAAGUUCAACCUCCCCGUCUAUAACGAAAAAGUAGCUCCCAUCAUGGUGCCCGAGCAGGCCUCUUUCGAAUAUGAGCACUCGAAGGCCUGGAGCGCUGAGAUCAUCAAGUACGAUGGCUAUGUCCUCGUCAUCCCCGAGUACAACUACUCGAUGGCUGGAGGCACCAAGAACGCCAUCGACUACUUACUGCACGAGUGGAAGGGAAAGCCGGUUGCCAUCGUCAGCUACGGUGGUGGAGGUGGCGCCAACGCUAGUGAGCAGGCCAAGGGGGUUCUCACCAACAUGGGCCUCAAGGUUGUCGAAACGCGGCCUCAGCUAGCUUUUGCUAAGCCGGACUUAUUCGCCAUCAUCGGCACAGGGAAACUAGGAGACGAGACCGUGAAGGCCUGGGAAGCAGAGCACAUUCCGACCAUACAGAAAGCUGCUGAGGAAUUGAAGACCUUGUUAUCGCAGCCCAGCGCUUAA